CCACUCUAUAAAAUGGAUACACCAUGACUACAACUGUGAUAUGCAAAAAAUAAAUAAAUUCUGUUUAUUAUUCAACGUUCGUCGGCAGUUGAAGUGUUAAAAACGUUUUGCGGUGAAAUAAAAAAUUAUAAUUGUAUAAUAUAAAAUGCCUUUUGAUAUAUUCGCGUUUUCUUAUGCUGCUAGUGUAGCGGCCGGCGGUGUAUUUGGUUAUGUUAAGUCACAUUCGAUUCCUUCUUUGGGGGCUGGACUUCUCUUUGGAACAAUUUUGGGUUACGGAGCUUAUCAAGUAUCGGUGGAUCAAAAAAAUGUUGGGGUCUUUUUAGGAGCAAGUUCGACUCUUUGCGGAGUUAUGGGUUAUCGUUUUUAUAAUACUGGUAAAAUAAGUCCAGCCGGAAUAAUCACUAUAUUGAGUGCUGUAAUGAUUGUUAGGACUAUCAGUAGAUAUUUCAUUGCACCUGCUUUGAAGGUGCAAUAAAAAUCUCUGAGAUUUGUAUAUAAUUAACAAGUCUAUUGAAUGUAAUAUUUCAAUUCAAUGCAAAUGAUAUAAUGCAGUGUUAACGAUACAUAAUAUUAUUUAAAUUUGUUACAAAAAUAAACGCAGCAGAUUGAUGUUUUAAACAUUACUUUGUAAUAAUAAUCUAAAGUAAUAUAAUUAUUAUGCAAACUUAUUAGGAAAAUGCAUUCCUUGUUACUAUCUCAAUUUUAUAUCUUGUAGUGAGAAAUGAAAUAG